UAGAAUAAACAUGAAUUUAAAGUUCAUUUGUGCCUGUGUGUUCAACUUAAACACUUUGCAAUAUUUAUGAUUUUUAUUGAAUAUGUAAUAUAUUUAUUACAAUCCAGUAACCGAAUUAUGUUCUAGCUAAUGUAACUAUAACUUAAAAAUUACCGAAGGUAGCAUAUAUUCAUCAUGUCUACCAGAAGAGCGAGAAUAAAAGCUGUAACAUCGUUGCCACCUAGGAGAAAAAAUAAUGAAGCAGCCGACGCCAAAAAUAAAGCACCACUAUCAAAAGAAAUAUCUGAAAUAGUUUCUAGGAGCCCUCGUACUCCCAAAGUAAAUACCGCUUUAAAUCAAGAACAAAAUGUAACACCAUACGUAAAAAGUACUUCUGAUCCCCAAACUGUAAGUGGUAAAACAACACCCAUUAAAGUCGUAAAAACUCCAAAGGUACGAGAAAAAACACCACUCAAGCUUUUGGAGACAAAUGAAAGUCCACAUAGAGAAAAUUGUUCCACUUUGCCUACAGAGAAGUCACUUCAUAAUGCUAAUUUAAGUUUUAAAUCAAAUUUUGACAAUGUUUUUGCUUCACCACUACAGAGAGACAGUCCAAAACGAACAUUUGCAUCACCUAUUGUACCAUCACCGAAAAUUAAUAAAAGUUUAGAUCAUCAAAAGUUAGCCACUCCCCAGAAAAAUAUACCAACUCCGGUAGCUCAAAAAAUUAACGAGAAUAAUGAGUUACAAAUAACUGAUAGUGUGGUCAGCAAUAUUAGUCACAAUAGUAGAUCUAAGAAGAAACAUGGAGGCAAAGAUAACCCACUUAGUAUUGAUGAUAAUUUGAAUGAAGAAGCAAUGGAUGGUAUAGUUCCACUACAACCAGCCAAUACCUUACAUAAACCUAUUGACUUGUUGAAGAAUGAAAUAAUAUCAGAAAAUGCUGAAGUAUUAUUUGACCCCAUUGUACCAUUGCCUUCACCAAGCAAAGUCCGUCCCAAGCUUCGACCAGCUCCAAGACUGGGACCUCACAGAAGAAGUAGUGUACAGGGAAGUGCAAGUGAAUCAGAAGAUGAAAGUCGUCGAAACCUCCUUGCAUCGAGUACUUCACGACAACGACAUGACUCUCACACAUCACACAGCACACAUCAAUCUUUAUCUAAUAGGGACGUUAGCCGCGUUAGAAACGAUUCUGUUUGUUCAAGUGCUAGCCAGAUCACAACACAACAACCACCACCAGGGUCACCGCUUAAAGAAAAGCAAAAUAAUAAAGCGAAACGACAGGAAAUUAGUCGCCGAAUGACAACAAUGAGGCGAAGACGGGAGAAUAUUAAACGAGAUGCCCUUACAAUGUACGACCUAAUCUUCUACAAUCCUACGUCUAACCCUAUAGUACCUGAUGAAGACGAAAUAAAUAUCAAAGAGGCAAACGUUAAGGAACAAAUGGAAAGGACAAAAAAGACUGAAGCCGUUGAGCCGGAACCAGAGAAAGACAAUGCAGCGCCAGUACCCCAAAUUAAACUUGGACCAAAGGGUGAAAUCAUACUUGAUGAAGAGAGCUUGGUCAUUAAUCAAACAAAUAGUGGUCGAGCGGUUUCAUCGGUAGUCCACGAAGGUGUCUGGGGCAACAGUAACAGCUUCAAGUACAAACGUGGUCCCAGAACUGCGGAAUGGAGUGCAGCUGAAACUGUUCGUUUCUACCGAGCACUAGCGGCUAUAGGUACCGACUUCACACUGAUGGCCCCAUUGUUCCCAGAUCGGACGAGGAAGGACUUAAAAUUAAAGUUUAAAAAAGAAGAGAAGCUAAACGGCGCGCAAGUGGACAAAGCCCUGCGAGCGAAAGUGCCCUGGGACGUGAUGAAGCUCAAGGACGAGUUCAAGGAGGAACGCGUGGCCGCCGUGAAGCGCGCGGAGCGGGAGCGGGAGCGGGUGCAGGGCGAGAAGCGCGCCGAGCGGGAGCGACUCAAGGCCGCCCGCGAGCUGCGCGUCAGGCAGAGUAAAGGAGCAAAGGCUUUGGAAUCGACGAUGUUGCCAGGUAAUACCGGACGCCACGGCCACGUCAUUACAGCUGAAGAUAUAAUCGAACGAGCGAAAUGUACUCCGCAAAAACGAAAAUCAAAUGCACCGACAACAGAAGAAACACCAUCAAAAUUGAGUCUAGCUACGUUAACUCCUCUGAGCAAAGCAAACAAGACUCAAGGCCUUCCUACACCGGAAGCUGAUAAUAUGGCAACGAUUUCGAAAUUGAACACACCAAACUUGCAAGUCAAGACACCGGAAAUUAUAAACGGCGUACCACAGUUGAUACCGUCUAAUAUUGAAACUGGAUCUUUAGUGGUAUUGACGGUUAACGAUCCAUCGUCUGCAGCCAAGAAGAUGUUCCAGACGUACAUAGCCCACGGCGCUGGACAGCUGACACCGAUCGCUUUACCAUCAACGUUAUUGAAUUCUGUCGUCGGUUACAUGGCGAAAAAUACAUCAUUGUCAUCGCCACAAAUAUUGUCACCGAGCAGUGUUGCAAGUCACGAUAGCCGGAAUAGUAAUACCCCUAGUGGCAUUACAGUGUUGCCAAGCCCGACGAAAAAACAAAGACAUAAUUCGUUUACAAUCACACAGCUUUAAGUAAUCGAUAAGUUUUAUAUUCUUAUUAAGCAUGUUUAUUUUUUUUUAUAAUGCGUGCCAAUAAAGAAAAUUUUUAUAAAUGACGGUGGGUACAUAUGUUAGUAUGGAUAGCAAAAUCAUUUUUGAUUACAUAAAUUGUGUUGAAUGGAUUACAUUUAUUCAUAAUAUAAUUAAAUUUAAACUUGUUUUGGAAUUAAAAAUAUCCUGGGAUAUUAUUGUGGAAACCAGACAACCGAUAUACUACAUAUACUGCUUUUCUUUUGUAAAUACAUACUUAUAUAGAUAAUUACACCCAGACUCAGGACAAACAGACAUGUUCACGCACACAAAUGUCUGUCCUGGGUGGGAAUCGAACCCACAACCAUCGGCGUGAAAGGCAAGUAUCUACCAACCACGCCAACCGGCUCGUUAUUUAGUUAAGUAAAUAAUAGAAAUUAAUUAUAACUUCUUAAUUCUUGAUUGUAUUAUAUUUAUUGGUAAGUAUUUUUUUCUUGGGUCUUUUUCUUAUUUUUCCUCUUACUAGAAGUACUACAAAAAUUUAACGAAGUAAUCCAAUCCGAAAUUUAACAAUAACUUCUCGCGACAUAAAAAAACUGACACUGAUUUUUUGUACAUUUAUGAAAAGGAUGCACACAGAUAUAUGUGCAUCGUCGAGCGAGAUAGCAAGAGGUCGGCCGCUAUUUAUAAAUCCUUUCCUUUAUUAGCACGGGUAGUUAUUAGUAUUAAAGUUCUGAAAAAACAGUACACUAAAAAACUUCGUUGCUUUUAUUUGUAUAAUGUCUUGGAAAAAUACAAGUAACUUUGCAUAAAAGGGUACCUUUAAACGAAAAAAUAAUUAAGUAUUUUUACAUUUAAUGCAUAGACACUGAUAUAUGCGUAGCCAGGUAAAAGGCAAGAGGGGGCAAGAAAAUCCGGCUCCCAUUCCCGAAAACAGUACAAUUUGAUAGUUUUUUUUACCUUAGUUAACCCAUCAUAAUUUUAUCUGAGUAAUAAUUUAAUCAGAUAAUUUCUCCCAUGAGGAUCUAUGGAGAGAUAUAACAAGUACAGCUAUCUUGGCUAUACUAAUGAUCAGCUUACCUGAUGCAAUUUCUUAUUUUUAUAAUAAUAAAUAAUCCUCAGAUAUUUUAAUAUAUUAUUUAAGCAAAGGUAAACAAGUGAGGUAACCAUGAUAUUUUUUAAAUCUCGCGGGAAAUAAUUAUAACUGUAGCUAAUUAUCAAAACAAGUGAUGCUUCGCAACGCUUUAAAUAGAAUACUUAAAAUAUGUAUUUUAUUAUUACAUAACAGCUGUC